AUGGUUCGGGAACUACACGCAUCAACAGCCAGCGAUUUGGACAAGCAGCUCACAGAAUUCACCCGAUGUGCGGCUAUGAUGAAGAAAGCGAUUCGGCAUGCUGAAUUCAAGAACAACGAGCUGAGGACAAAAAUGGCUAAGGAGAAAGACGAGGUGUUAGAAGAAGUGAUGGCGAAGUACGAGGCUCUGUCAGGCACACAGAUUGAGACGGACAAGCAGUUGUCGGAGAAGUCACGGGAGGUGCAACGAUUACAGGACGAGUUUGAACAGAAUCGAAGGACAAAAACGAAGAAAUCGGGAAAAGUGCUUCUCUCGCAUCUCUGCAUGACCGAAAUGAAGCUCGGCGUCUCCGCAAAGGCUUCGGAUACUCGCAGUGAAAGCCAUGUAGUAUUCGGUCACCCAUACAGUGAACGACACAGUACGCCGGAUUCGCUCAGCAUUCUCAUCGAAAUCCGCCGAAGUUCGGGAGGCGAAUUCACGGGAACAGAAGCUGUCAAGAAAUGGGCCCACGACAUCCGGCGCCUCACGGAUCGUCUACAGGCCGCUGAAGAGGAGAAGACCAUGAAAGAAACCAUGCUGAACACCAUUCAGAACACUCUCGCAACCACUCACAGAACGCAUAAGGAAUUCAUCGAAAAUCUUAUGUCAAGCCAUCGCGACGAAUUGGCAGACAGAGACAAGAAGCACGAAAGUGACCUCGAGGAGAGAAUCAGCGAGGUUUGGCUCUUUUUUGGAUCUUUUGUAGGUUCUGCGUGA